AUGAAACUCCUUCAGAGAAUAAGCCAGCUACUUCUUGAUACCGAAAAUGACCGAAACCAAAUCGAAGCGGCCACUUUAGCCUAUCUACAAACACUUUCUCGUCAAUCGCAAAAAAGACGUUUAUUAGUCAUUUCCCAACUAAUUGAAGACUUUCUAGUCCAAACUCCAGCCCCAAAUACUCUUCCACUCACUAUCUCUGAGAAACAAACCACUAUCAUUCUCUUAAACAAACGUUUAGCCCAAAUUAAUAAUACGACCCAAAAGGCCAAUUGGGUGGCUAACUUUGUUAUUACUCAUGCUUUAAACACUCUUGACUCCACUAAACUCGAGUCCUUCCUUGACUUACUCAUUGACCGUUUACUAGAACAAAUCAAAGCUCAAGUCGCUCCCCAUAGUAAAUCAGCCCCAGGCUAUGCCUACUUCAUUCUCGCCAUUAACCAGCAAAUACCUCGUUUCCUACCCCUUUUCAAACGCCGACUCUUUACCCAAGCCUUAGCCCCCGACUGUCUCUUAGCUGCCUACCGGGUUUAUUUCUGGACUUUACAAACUCCAACUGAUCCUCUCGAACCCUGGGCUUUCAUUGCCGCCCUACUUAAUGAAACCUCCGAAAUUAACAACAGUUACAAUCCCGGUGUACUUUAUGUAUUCUUAGAUGUCCUUAAUGAGUACAUGUCCGACCAUUUCAAUCCCCACUGGUCCCAACUCAUUCAAACAAUCAUUAUUCCCAAGUACCUCCCCCUCAUCAACCCCCAACUCUUCCCCACCGAAAUCUGCCAAAUCAAGCAACACCUCAACGUAUCAUAA